GAAGUACUUUUUCACAUGCUUGACCCCCUCUAAUGCUGACUAGCUCUAUGAGGCUAAGCUGUGAUAUGUGCUCAGGGUGGUCUCACCUCUAACAAUAAAUACACGUAUUCUGUUGUCGUUCACACAUAUUACGGGACAGUGGAGAACAACAUGACCACCAUGUUUGCCGACACAAUUCUGAUCGUGUUCAUCUCGGUGUGUACGGCGCUGUUAGCCGAAGGGAUUACCUGGGUGUUAGUGUAUCGCACUGAGAAGUAUAAGAGGCUAAAGGCUGAAGUGGAAAAACAAAGCAAAAAACUGGAGAAGAAAAAGGAAACCAUCACAGAGUCUGCAGGACGUCAGCAGAAGAAGAAAAUUGAAAGACAAGAAGAGAAACUGAAGAACAACAACAGAGACUUGUCCAUGGUGCGCAUGAAGUCUAUGUUUGCCAUUGGCUUCUGCUUCACCGCGUUGAUGGGCAUGUUCAACUCCAUCUUCGAUGGAAGAGUGGUGGCUAAAUUGCCUUUCGUACCGCUGUCCUACAUCCAGGGACUGUCGCAUCGCAACCUGCUGGGCGAGGAUUUCACCGACUGCUCCUUCAUCUUCCUCUACAUCCUCUGUACCAUGUCCAUCAGACAGAACAUCCAGAAGAUGCUCGGUCUCGCUCCCUCCAGAGCUGCAACCAAACAGGCCGGAGGCUUCCUGGGACCUCCUCCUCAGGCAGCCAAGUUUUCCUAAUCAUCAGGAAGGAUCCUCUGAGAUGUCGCUGCGAUCUGCCAGCUCCUCUCAUCAGAGCACAGACAGACAGACAGACAGACAGACAGACAGACCUGCUUCUGCAGCGCUGGAGCAAUCGUAUUCUCUGUUGCAGCUAACGUAUCCCAACCCUCUGGAUUAUUAUUCAUGUUCUGUUUAUUUAACUUUAUAAAAAUGUGUCUCGUUUAGAAAUUAGAAGAAGAAAAUGUGUUCUUAGUUUUGUUGAUUUCCAAAGGAUACAAACGUCGACCUAGUUUUAGGUAUUUUAACUCUCAAUUGGCACUGUAACAUCUGAUCUGUUCAUCAGUAUUAUUGUACCUCAUUGUCUUCUUUCUAACAGAUGAAUAAAGUUUUAUGAUUACA